UUUGUUUUGACGUUUCAAACCAAAGCUAACCCGAAGCGCCUAACAAAACAGAGAUCUCAGUAGACAAGCAUAUUUCGUACUUUUACCGGUGCUGAGUCAAUUAAUUUGCGUAUUUUAUUUCGAUAACACGAUAAUAAGUAAAAAUGAACGCACCACCUACCUUUGAAUCGUUUCUUCUGUACGAGGGAGAGAAAAAAAUCAUCAAAGAGCUCGACACAAAAGUCCCGAAUGCCGCUAUUUUUACAGUGAAUAAGGAGGAUCACACUCUUGGCAACAUGAUUCGCAACCAACUUCUGAAGGAUCCAAACGUUCUGUUCGCCGGCUACAAGCUGCCCCAUCCGCUGGAACACAAGUUCGUCAUCCGAAUUCAGACCACAUCCGACUAUUCGCCCCAGGAAGCGUUCAUGAAUGCCAUCACCGAUUUGCUGUCCGAGCUGUCGCUGUUCGAGGAACGCUUCAAGGAGGCUUACAAAGAGAAGAAGGAAGGAGGAGAUUGAGAAGGCGGAAGGAAGGCCGAGAUUCUCAGUAUUUUCGUUCCAUUUGUUACUCUGUUUGGGUUGCGUUUUAAAGUAGACUUUAUUUUUUUCUAUCUAUAUUAAUGAUAAACAUUAGCUACAGUUUGAAGCAUAAAUAAAACAGUAAUAUCGUGUAACUGCA